CAACUACAAAGGAUCACCUUGUCAAACAUAUUCGUACUCAUACUGGGGAAAUGCCCUUUGCAUGUCCCCAUUGCCCACAUCGCUCAGCACAGAAAGGAAACCUAAACAAUCACAUUUUCAAUCAUCAUGGAAAGGGUGGAUCUGGACAGUGAUGCCCCAAGGACUAGCAAGAAUGGAACCCCUGCAGGUGGGAGGGGACUUGGAGCCACCAACAGGAUGCACCAGUGUCCAUAUUGUGAAUAUACUACUUACUUCACCACUAACUUGAGAAACCACAUGAGGAGACACACAGGAGAGAAGCCAUACUCUUGCCAAUACUGUGCCUAUAGUGCUAUUACAAAGCAGAGUCUAGAAAGGCAUUUACGCACUCACAACAAAGGUCAAACAUUUGCAUGCCGUUUUUGUCCAUACACAACUGACCAAGAUGUGCUUCUGAAAAGGCAUGUGUCAUGUGUACACUCAGGAGAUAAAUCAUCAACAUGCCCACACUGUUCCUAUCAGGCUGUAGAUAGUGAAGAUUUAAGGAAUCACAUAUUGAUUCACCAUAAUAUUCAAAGUUGAAGCGAUCUGUAGAAGAAUUUAUAGCAAUUUGACUAGUUUGAUAUAUUUCAUAUUGAUAUUUUUUUCAUUACUUUUCUUAUCAGAAGUAGUGGUCAGCGGAGAUCCUACAUUAAUGGAUUAAAAUCUAGAGAUGGUACAGCAAAACUAGCACCAUUAAGCUUCUCAGAACUAUCAGCUUGUGUUGAAAGUAUCUCACCAUAAGUGACUUUAGCCCAACAAUCUGUACCUGAAGACAGCAGUGUGUAAGUCUGCGACUCAGGUGGGAUUGAUUUGAACUUAAAUAGUUAACUUUCAUAGUAACAAAUUGAAAUGUUUUGGUUAAUCUUCCCAGUAAAGAGUUCCAUUUAUAUCAUGCGUGAGUGGAAAAUGUGAAUUUUAGACAUGAGGAUGAUGUACAUACAUUAAUGUACACAUCAUACUGGUAUCUGCAUACCAGUAUGAUAUUGAAUUGGAUUAUAUAACAGUUCUAAAUCUCUCUGGUGUCUCAGGUUGCUCUUGGAUGAAAUUGUCUAUUUAGAGCUUGUAUAUAAAAAAUUGAGUGUUGAGACCCUUGCUGAAAAUUUUGCCUUGCUGAGAUGAAAUGAUAGAUUUUUU